GGCAGGAGGUAUGAGCCCAGUACACUCUUUCAAGUUCACGCUCCUGCACACUGACAAGAGGGAAGGUGGGGAAUGGGUGAGGUUACAUAACCUAGUGGGAGGCAGACUCAGGAUAAAGGCCCAGAGUGAGACUGUCAGCCAACUGGAAGGUCGUCAGACUGGGACCAUGGAGCUCAGCGUCCUCCUCCUACUUGCUCUCCUCAUAGGACUCUUGAUUCUCAUGACCAAGGGCCACCAAAAGGCACCUGGGCGCCUUCCACCAGGCCCCCGCCCUCUGUCCUUCUUUGGGAACUUUCUGCAGAUGGACAGAAGAGGCCUACUCAAAUCCUUCCUGAAGUUCCAAGACAAAUACGGGGAUGUCUCCACGGCGUACCUGGGGUCAAGGCCUGUGGUCGUACUGCGUGGGAUAGAGUCCAUUCGGGAGGCCCUGGUGGACCAAGCUGAGGCCUUUUCUGGCCGGGGCCAAAUUGCUGUUAUUGAUCAGAUCUUUCAAGGAUAUGGUGUGGUGUUUGCCAAUGGGAAACGUCGGAAGGCCCUUCGGAGAUUCUCUCUGGCCACCAUGAGGGACUUUGGGAUGGGCAAGCGGAGUGUGGAGGAGCGGAUUCAGGAGGAGGCACAGUGUCUGGUGGAAGAGCUGCGGAAAUCCCAGGGAGCCCUCCAGGACCCCACCUUCACCUGCCACUCCAUCACUGCCAACAUCAUAUGCUCCAUUGUCUUUGGGAAACGCUUUGCCUACAAAGACCCUGAAUUUCUGAAGCUUACGCACAUGUCCUGCCAGUCCUUCACACUCAUCAGCUCCUUCCCCAGCCAGGUGUUUGAGCUCUUCCCCAACUUCUUGAUAUUCCCGGGCACACACAGGCACAUCUACAGAAACCUGCAGGAAGUCAAAGACUUCACUGCCCACAGUGUGGAGAAGCACAGGGAAACCCUGGACCCCAGCGCUCCCCAGGACUUCAUCGACACCUAUCUGCUCCGCAUGGACAAAGAGAAGUCCAACCCAGACAGCGAGUUCCACCAGCUGAACCUCAUCAACAACGUGCUCUCGCUCUUUUUCGCGGGCAGAGACCAGCAGCACCACUCUCUCCUACGAUUCCUGCUCAUGCAAUACCCGCACAUUGCAGAGAAAGUCCACAAGGAGAUUGAUCGAGUGAUUGGCUCACAUCGCCCUCCAGCCCUCGAUGACCGAGCCAAAAUGCCAUACACUGAGGCAGUCAUCUGCGAGAUUCAGAGAUUCGCAGACCGCCCCCUUGGUAUGCCUCAUAUGGUCAUCAGAGACCCUGAAUUUCGAGGGAGCAUCAUCCCAAAGGGCACUGUAGUGUUUCCCGUCCUAUACUCCGCUCUCUUUGACCCAUGUUACUUUGCUACACCGAACACCUUCAACCCUGACCACUUUCUGGAUGCCAGUGGGGUGCUGAAGAAGAAUGACGCGUUUAUCCCCUUCUCCGUAGGUAAGCGCAGUUGUCUUGGCGAAGGCAUCACCCGUGCGGAAUUAUUCCUCUUCUUCACCACCUUCCUCCAGAAUUUCUCCGUAUCCAGUCCCAUGGCCCCUGAGGACACUGACCUUACACCCCAGGAGAGUGGAAUGGCCAAACUGCCCCCAGUGUACCAGAUCCGCUUCCUGCCCCGCUGAAACGGUGGAAGAAAGGAGCUCAAAGGAUUUCAGGGUCAGGAGGUAUCCCCACCUCUGCAGGGAAUGCCCCCUAACUCUGUCCCUGUUCUGCAUUGGAGAGAUCUGCUACAAGCCAGUCCUCCUUGUUCCUCCGUGGUUGCCUCCUCCGUGAGAAAGUCCCUCCCGCAGU